AUUAACUCACAAGCAUCGAGUAUCUCAAGACCCAAACAAUUGAGCUCUUCAUCAACACGAUAUCCCACCUUUCUCGCGACUCCGUAUUUGCCUGAUUGACCGACACCUUGACAGUCUGUUUCGGGUAACAUCUUAGUGACGUCAUCAACCAGCCCCUCCUCCAUACUCCAUCCGACUACUACUUCAACUACUUUAUCUCACUUCUCCCCACCCCGCCUUCUCUUAUUCUCCUCCAGUAUCGACAGUCAAAUCUGCCUACUACGAGGAAGUCUCAGUGCCAACUAUCUUCUCCAAAGUACUCAAUUGAUUUACCAUCAACCCUUCCAAUCCAUCAAAAUGCCUCGCGCCGUUGAGCAAACUUCGAAGAUGUUCUACAAGGGAUCAUCUGAUGACUUCGUCAUCUUUGUCGACGACAACGACGUCGUGAACAAGUGGCGCAACGACCGCUCCAUCCCCCUGGCCGACGUGGUCAACGGCUUCAAGAUCUUUGUCACCCACAAGCACGGUGCCCAGGGUAUCCUAGACAACGCCAGCAAGUCAAGCCUCCAGAACGAGUUCGGCACCGACAACGAGGACGACUGCUUGAUCAAGAUUUUGGAGAAUGGUGAAUUCCAGAGCUCUCAGUCCCGUGAGCGUCAGGAUGACACCAACUUCGCCAACGGCCCUGCUCUUCGAUAG